GAGUUCCUCCCAAGCCCAGCACCACAGACAGGGAGCCAUUUUCAUGGAGGAGGAAAGCUCACCAGAAGAGACAGGAGGGUAGAUGUACAAAAGAAAAGGUCAGGCUUGAAGCUGUAAAAUGAUAUAUGGAAAGCUCACUGCAAGGUAAAAUCAAAAUAUCACAAAUGAUGGAUGAAUACAAAGACCAACAAUUUUCAGAUGAAAAGAACUCCACAUUUGAUUGUGGAAUCGAAGAGAGGUCGAGAGUCAUUGUGGAACAAGAACUACAAGUUGAUAAUGAAGACCGGAGGCUCUCAGCUCACUCAACAAGUGAAACUGAAAACCAAACGUUGACUGCAGCUAUCCAAGAUUCUGAUGGCGAUUUGGAAGACGACUGUGAUAUUCAUGAUGGAGAGUUGCAACCCACAUGUUUAUCAAAGAAACUUGUCAAAAGAAGAAAAGCCCAAAAAAGACAUGCAGACAAUGAUGGUGACAGGGGAUUGCUGAACUUGUCUGUGGAAGAGAAACAUGGCAAAGGACAAAACUCUAUUACAACUCUCAACGAGGACAGUGACGGAGAUGAGUAUGAAGCAAAGCCUUUUGGGAUUUCUUCCACAAGCCCGGUCCAAAGAAAGAAAAUGAAAACCAAGCAUGGAGUGGCUGCUGCUGAUCCUGCUCAAUGCGGUCAUUUGCAAAUUAAAGGGAAGACCCCAUGGAAUGAGCAGGAGAAGCUGGCAGUUAAGCGACACUUGGCUGUUUUUGCGGAAGGUGCCAGGAAAAAAGACUGUCUCCUAUGCAUUGAAAAAUCCUCUCCUGUUCUCCAAAAGAGAACCUGGAAAGAUGUGAAAUAUUGUGUAUAAUGAAAUGAUAAAGAUUGCAAAAUCACUAAAACAUUAAGGCAUUUCUAAGUUUCUCGACACUUACACAAACGUUAAUGUUUAAAAAGCUGUAAGGCUUCUGUUUAUAUAAUAAAAAUGUGUUAAAAUG